AUGAAAAUUGGAGUACUGAGAUUGAAAGGUAGACGAUGGUUUUCGCAUAGGCCUCUGAAUAUACUAUUCUUUGGCAGUGAUGAGUUCAGCAUGCAUUCAUUUAGAGCCCUCGAUUCAUUGAGAAAGACAUCUACAAUGAUCGGCAAACUACAGCUGGUUUCCAGACCAGCAAAGUGGUGCGGAAGGCAAAAAUCUCAAUUAAAAUAUCCGCCAAUAGUCACUGCAAAUCAAAAAUUGGGGUCGCCAUUGCCUCUCUCGUGUGAAACCAGUCAAGAUUGGGCUAAUCUACGUGAUAUUGUUGAAAACGAUAAUUACAAUAUGAUAGUAGCAGUUUCUUUCGGUAAACUGAUUUCGCAGGAGCUGCUCAGGCAUGUCAAGUACUCAUUGAAUGUUCAUCCAUCGUUAUUGCCUCGCUAUAAGGGCGCAUCGCCCAUACAAUAUGCACUAUUGAAUAGGGACGAAUUCACAGGUGUAACGGUACAAACUUUGGAUCCCCUCAAAUUCGAUCAUGGGACAAUUGUAGCACAAACUGAGCCACUUAAAAUCAAGGAUCUGUUAUCAAAGGGAACAAUAAAUCAGUUCGACAAAGAAACUCCCCUGAAAACUGCAAUUUUAAUGGACCAAUUAGGACUAGAAGGUGCUUCGUUAUUAGUAAAAGUCAUCUUGGAUAGAUCCUACGAAAACCCGCUUAAGAUUAUUUCUUCUUAUGAUCCAAGCUAUGCGUCAAAAAUUAGCUCGAGGGACAAGCAAGUCGACUGGAGCAAUGAGAGCGCCGAAUCUAUUGUUAAUAAACUGCAGACAGUAGGUCCCCUGUAUACACACAAAGAGGUCCAAACUAAGAACAAUGAGGUUACAUUGAAGCGGAUCAUAUUUCAUUCCUUUUCUGCAGUACCAGAAGGCCUGCUCAUCCCGCAAGUCCUUGAAGCACCAGGUGACUUCGUAUACAGCAAGGAAGAUCAAUGCCUUUACGUGCGAUGCGGCAAGAACUCUUGCAUUACAAUACACGAUUUGCAAUUUGAAGGGUUCAAAGUUGAGAAUGCCAAUCAGUUCAUCACAAGUUUACGUAAACGAUGUGGUGCAGCGAUGUGUCAAAACCAAAAGUUUACUACGCAAAAUUGA